CAUUGUUGAAGAAAGAAGUUAUGUACCAUGUUUAGACUUGGUUUAUGGAAGAAUGUCAUUUAAGGGAUUCAAUCCUGAAGUUGAGAAGUUAAUGGUUUUGAUGAAUGCUCCCAAAGAAGAGGAGGAUGAAGAGGAGGAGGAGAAGGAUAUAACUCGAAUGGACACAGAUAUUACAGAUGAGGAGAUGGCCAUGAGAUAUGGAAGCUUGGUUGAAAGCAUGAAAAGAAGAUUUGCCAAAAAAAGGGACCACACGUCUCCGAAGAAUGACGAGAAAGACAUCAACCAUGAUGAUGUAGAGACACAACCCAAGAAAGUGUUCUUAAAGCCUAAGGACUGAGGCAUAUUUAUAGGCUGUAUAAAAUGUGUGUGGUGGCCGUGUUCGGUGUUUUUUGUUUGUUUUAAGAUAUAUGCACACACUUUGGACUCUGUUUUUAUAUUCAGUGAAUAAUGUUCUGUAAAAUUGCAGUAAAAAUGGAAGAUGUAAAUUCUUAUUUUCAAAUGAAAGUUUGUGCAUUGUGUGAGACUGACCUAGCCAUCCAGAUUUUUUUUUUUUUUGACCAGUUGUGAGAAGUUUAGGGUUCUUGUGCAAGAACUGGAAUACCUGUGGAAUUUAAAUCUGGUAUUUCCAGUCCUGAGAAAAGUAUGGUAACCUAAACCUUUUACUCAAGCAUGUGUGGAUCAUCUUCUGUUAAAGUAAAACACAAAGCACUCUCUUGUCUUUAGGCAGUAACGCAAACAUCAUGUGUGUAUCCCUUUUCAUGAUGCUGUUAUUGACCCUUUAAAUAUAGCACACAACUGAAAAUAGAUUCUGGACAGUAAAAUGGACCAGCGAAA